ACUUGGGCAGUUAGAGGCAGAAGCAAGUGCCAAUAUCAGUCACUAGGAAGGCACCUUGAUGGACCCCUCUCCUUGGCUGCUUCUCGGAACGCGUGGGUGUACCAAUUCGGAAAGACAUGUCAAAGGAAGUCACGCUCACCUUCCACCUUCGCAGGGGCACUUGCCGUACCUUACACGAUGCCAUAAGACCAGCUGAUGACCCUCUUUCCGCGUCUGCUAUUUUCCAAUUCCGCCUCUUUUCUUUCGUCUUCCGAUUACACUCCUCUUCUACAUCUCCAUUCAUCGUUGCUGUGCUGUUUUCAAACCUCUAGACACCAGUUCCAUUCAUCCGAGAAGCGUCCCCGUCCAACCCACCCGAGUUCCGACCCCAGAUUUUGACCCCAAGUUCCCGUCCCACACCUCGUAACCCCACGAUUCCAUCAUGGACGAAGAGCAAUCUCCCUUGAUGCGGAUCCCCGCCGAAAUCCGCAUCAUGAUUUACGAAUACCUUCUCGACGACGCUGGCGAAAGGAGACUCGCCGUCCGCAAUAAAGCAAUGCACCAGCUGCACACCGGCGCCCUGAGCACCUACCGCCGCACCUCAUACCGCAUCAUCGAGAGGUCCUUUCACAGGCAAUGCUUCUUGACGACGUACGCGCAUCACCACCCGGCUAGCCCCAAGUCCAUAAUGCACCCCGAAAUCAUGGCCGUCAACCGCCGCAUCCACCGCGAGACGAGUCACCUUCUUUACGGCCGCCCACACGGUUUCGACUUCGGUAGCGACGUUGAGGCUGUGGUGCCCUUCCUCAAAGACCUGACGCCCUCGUCUCGAUCUGCUAUCCAGGAGCUUACCAUCCGCAAGGACGGGCCUGUGAUGCACUGCAAUAGUGAGAGUGACCGGCUGGACUGGGCUACCAUGUGCGCCUACCUCCGCCGGCUGGAUAAGGCGAUACCUAGGCUGCGUAUCAUCGUGGAGGGCGGAAGACCGACGGCGGCGUGGGAGGGGCCGCAGGUACUGAGCGUCUCAGAUCUGAGGUUGCUGGCGCUCAUUAAGCACGAUAGCAUGGAGUGGGUCGCUGAGCUGGCCAAAGUCGAGGGGAUUGAGAAGCUGGAGAUUGUGCCGAGGAUACGCCAUCUCCCUGCGCCCGGCACGACGGCAACGCUGUUGUUUGCUGCAUUUUCAGCGUCAAUUGACACGGCGCUUGUUGAGUAUUUACAGACGGACUGUGCGCUUCCUGCUACGGCUGUGUCCCUCACAGUCUGAGACCGUUGGGAGGCAGUGAUUGUGGGAUAUUCUGGGCUGCUUUUUCGGCCUUCCCACUCGGGAAAUCGGGUGAGUAUGGACACGAGCCCACUGAUUGCGGGGAUGGAGCAAAACUGGAGAGUGUGCGGAGUUCUAUCUGGAUUUGGAUGGCGUUUUGUUGGAGUAAGGGGUUCACGAACACACAUAUCCUGCAUGAUGCAGCAAUGGCACAUGGGUACGGAGUAAGCCCACGGCAUGGUAUUUUCUGAGAUGGGUGAAGAUGCGAAUUGACAUAGGGGCAUCCUCAAUGUAGGGAUACAUUGCACAAGAAUGCGACAGUGUACGAAUCAGCUAAUGGGAAAACCUCAAACGAAAUAUGAACUGACGCAUUGCACGUGAGAGGGACUAUUGGUUGUUGGUGAUGUUGUCGUUGCUCCGAUCAUCAAGUG